ACAAAUGACAGUUGUAAAACACAACGUGAGGAAAACUUAACCCUACGUAAAGAUGAUAAUAAAAAUGUGAAAAUCAUCCCCUAGAAAGCGAAAAUAAUGAAACUAUUCUGUAUUUAACACCCCCAAGAGUUACGUUUGCUUUAAAAUGGAGUUUCCUGGCACGCUAGGGCUCCAAUUUUUGGACCUAAGUGGCGUUGACGAAUUCGAAAAGGACAGAGUUUUGAAUUCUUUGCAACCCACGCAUAAAAAUUCAAAAUUCCCAUGGAUUAUUGGCCACAAUAAUGAUUCAAGAUUACCUAAAAUUAAACAGUUUGACUCACAACCAGUUGUAUCUGCUCCAGAAAUAACACCAAGGAGAGCAGCUAUACCGAUUAUUAAUCCAGAAAAUGGACUACCGAUCCCAUUGAGUAGUCCAGUUAGUGAGCAACAAGUCCAUACUGUAAACAGUCCUGUAAAUAGUCAUCAGUACUUUGAGCAAGCCUCUCAUUUUUCUCCGCAAACAACAUCGUAUAAUGUGCAUUACCAGAUUGCAUCGAGUUAUGCAAACAUACACAAUAUGCCACCUAACGCUACCCCAGUUUACUACACAGCUGUUGCCCCGGGACAGCCUAUUUUUGUUUCCUAUCCUAGUAACGUACAGGCAGAACCUUUUUACCCGAAUACAGGUCCACAAUAUGUUCAAAAUGUUCCUGUUUUGAACAAUAACGUAGCGCCCUUUGUAAAUUCUCCACCAGUCGAAAAAAAUAUUGUUUUAAACCCUCCAGUGCAAGAGAUUUCGCAACCUGACACAAGAAACGUAACGGUAGAGCAAGAAGAAGCUAUUUCUCUGGAUAGUAAUUUGAAAGAAGCAUUGCCGAAACCUGAAGAUAGUGUUCCUAAACAAGCCAAAGCUGCCUGGGGUUCGGGGAAAUCAUGGGCAAGUCUGUUUACCCCUAAAAAAGACGAUACGUUGAAUGGGUCACAAAUUAACGGGAUUACAAGACCUACGUUUGAGGCUGUGACUAAGGAACCUAACCUAACUUCUUGUCCGAUCAAGAAUCCUAGGAAAAACUGUUUUGUUGAUCCGGAUUGUUAUAGAAUGGGAGAGUUUUUGUCAAAUUAUUCUUUGGACGGUCGGACUAUCAGUUUGCAACCGAGAGGCUUGAUUAAUCAGAGCAAUUAUUGCUAUAUCAAUUCGAUUUUACAGGCUUUGAUAGCCUGUCCGCCUAUGUACAAUUUAUUGAGUGGCUUGUCCCAAAAUAUUUCUUCCAAUGAGAAGAGAAAACCUACGCCUGUUAUUGACGGGAUGUGCAAAUUUGUAAAAGAAUUUAAGCAUCUUCCAGCUAAUAUGAGAGUGAGCAACAGAAGAUCGGAUGGAAACAACAAAAAGGAUCAGAAGAAAGAUCAGAGUACGUUGAUCAAUACUGAUAUACCGUUUGAGCCAUCUUGGAUUUAUAAAAUGUUGAAUGGUAUCAGAACUGAUCUUAUCGAAGGCCGUCAGGAAGAUGCUGAGGAAUUUUUGGGCUGUUUACUAAACAAUUUAAAUGAUGAAAUGAUUGAGCUGAUUAAACUUGUAAAAAGUGAAACAAAUGGUAUAGAAAACUCUGAAUUACAAGAUGAUACAAUGGGUGAUGAUGACAGUUGGCAGAUUAUGGGAGCAAAAAACAAAGGUAGCAUCCAACGAAAAACAGUAUUCGAAAAGACCCCCAUCACAGACAUCUUUGGUGGAUCACUAAAAUCGAAAAUUCACCGAGCUGGGGACCUCAGCACGGAAAAUACCCAACCCUUUCUUACUCUACAAUUAAAUAUCGAGAAAGUAAAAACGGUUUGCGAAGCAUUAGAAGCAUUGACGACGAAGUACCAACUGGAAGGACUGACGUCGUCGAAGACCAAUCAGGAGGUGGAGGCGUGGCAACAGGUUAUGCUGGACGAGUUGCCUGUCGUGUUGGUUUUGCACUUGAAAUGCUUCGAUUACCAGUUGGACGGGUGUACGAAGAUUAUAAAAGCCUUGGAGUUUCCGAUUGACUUAAAAAUAGAUACAAAAUUGUUAUCUUUGAAAACAAACAACGCUAAAGAGAAACAAUACAAACUAUUUGCCGUGGUUUACCAUGAUGGUAAAGAGGCGACCAAGGGUCAUUACGUCACAGAUGCUUUCCAUGUGGGAUAUAGUAGUUGGUUAAGAUACGAUGACUCGUCAGUGAAGCAGGUACAGGAAGAGCAGGUUUUGAAUCCGCAAGGCACCAGGGUGCCAUAUUUGUUAUUUUAUCGCCGUAGCGAUACGUUUAGGAGCAGAUAAUUUUAAAUAUUUUAGCCUAUAUUGUCUUGUUAAGUUAAUUAGUAUUAAGUGACUUAUUAAUUAAAUUUAUACAUAAUUUU